GUGUUAUGUGUUCUGGGAGUGGCCAGUUUGCUUUCAUAACCCGAGUUGGAAUAUAUUGUUGCUUUGGACCAGACUGCAAAGAUACAAUUUUCGAAUGCAUGGAACCCAACACUCUGCCACAAUGAUUUAUCUUUCAGGGCUUGUUGGCUUUCUGCUGGUGCUAACAGCUGAGGGCAGAGUUGGAAACUCAUCUCAGUUACAGUUCUGUUCUGAGACAGAACAAUGCCUGCUGUUCGAUUUGAUUUGCGAGACUGACCAAUAUGAGGUCCGUCACUAUGACUCUGUGAGAUGGGUUUCAACUAAUGAGACAUCCUACUUCAUGGAGAUUGCAGCAAUGAGAGCAUUCAGACGACUGUAUGAAUACAUCACUGGUGCCAACGAGAAUGGAAAGAAAAUUCAAAUGACAGCUCCUGUUGUUGUGAAAAUGUCUGACAAGAAAUUCUGGGAAAUGGGUGUCUACACAACAAGUUUUUUGCUGCCAGCUGAACAUCAGAUGAAUCCCCCCAAACCUACUAAUGACAAGGUGUACAUCCAUGACAUGCCAGAUAUGAAAAUGUAUGUACGGAGCUACGGAGGAUGGAUGACGAGCUUGUCUGACAAAAACAAAGCUAACAGUCUGUCCUCUGCCCUUGACUCAGUUGGUGCAAAAUACAAAAAGGGCUUCCACUAUGCUGUUGGAUAUAACAGUCCAAUGACGAUGUUUAACAGGCACAAUGAGGUGUGGUUUGUCGCUGAGGAUGAGCCAAUAUGCACUUCCAGCAGUGAGGAGUUGGAGUUUUCUCCUUUCUCUUGAAUAUUGUGAGCCCUGUGCAAUGACCGCAUUACAGUAGACAGUGUACAUGGAGAGAUGUUGUAGCUGGACAUUGCUUCAAGUCACAAUGUGCCAUAUAAAUAACUUGCCAGACAGAUUUGAAAAAUGUUGAUGAAUUUGAAUCAAUUGAAUAUACCAUGCACUACUUGUGACAAUGGUUUUACAAUAGCUUGUCUGAUGGUUUUCUUUUAUAUUCAAUAAAGUUACCCUUAUGCAGUGA